AAGGGGCCUUUCUUGCACAAUUUUGCAUAUAAGAGCUCUCUCUCCUCCUCGUUCUAUUCCACUCCCACUAAACAUUCCUUCUCUCGCUCACUCUUCUCCAAUCCUUAUUUUAUUUUUUGAAAGUUUAAAAUUUUAUACAACAUAUCAAUUUGGGGUAGAAAAAUUCGAAAGAAAUGAAAGAGAUGGGAGUGAUAGUGCUUCUUCUCCUUCACUCGUUCUUCUACGUUGCCUUUUGCUUCAAUGAUGGUAAAUCCCUCGUUCUUUAUCUUUUCCGUAGAAAUCUCGCAUUUUCGUAUCUUGUCUAUAUACUAGCCAAACCAACAAAAGAAACUCGUAGUGAGUUCCAACAAUAUUCUAGUAUUUAAGAAAUUCGUGUUAUAAAAAUUUGUACAGCUUCUUAUAACUUGUGUGUCCAAAAUUUUGUUUGUCGUCAAAAUAAUUCAUUUAUAUUGCACCACAAAUCAUGAAGAAUGACCUAUUAGCUUGACGAACAUGUUGAACACUACGCCGAGACAGAUCUGUAAAUGCACAUGGUGUUUAGUCAAUCGUUUUCAAUAAAUGUGUCACUAAAUUACCCUCACCUUCCCAUCUGUAACUAACCUUUUUAAUCAUUUAAAUAUUUCAUACUUCCAACUUUUUAUUCAAUUAUUAUACACUGAUCACUUGUUUAUUCAUAUACAGAUCUAAAAUAGCAAGAUUGAGAAUUUGUUUACCUAGAAUCACUGUCAAUUUUAGGUGACUAGAUGCAGUUGAAGUUCAAAUAUUAUUGUCAGCAAAUCACUAUCGUUUAAAUCAAAUUUCACAACAAAUCCCUAACUAGUUUUGUUUUUGUAACUUGAUUACAUUAACAAAACAAAACAGGACUACUACCAAACGGUGACUUCGAACUCGGUCCACGACAUUCGGACAUGAAAGGAACACAAGUUAUCAACAUAACAGCAAUCCCAAACUGGGAACUCUCAGGCUUUGUCGAGUACAUUCCCUCAGGACACAAACAAGGCGACAUGAUCCUUGUCGUGCCUAAAGGCGCAUUCGCAGUACGUCUAGGCAACGAAGCCUCAAUCAAACAAAAAAUCAGCGUUAAGAAAGGGUCGUACUAUUCGAUAACGUUCAGUGCUGCUCGAACAUGCGCACAAGACGAGCGGUUAAACGUUUCCGUGGCUCCUCACCAUGCAGUGAUGCCGAUACAAACAGUGUAUAGUAGCUCAGGUUGGGAUUUGUAUUCGUGGGCUUUUAAGGCCCAAAGUGACUAUGCAGAUAUAGUGAUACAUAAUCCAGGUGUUGAGGAAGAUCCUGCUUGUGGACCUCUCAUUGAUGGUGUUGCUAUGCGAGCCCUUUUCCCUCCUCGUCCCACCAAUAAGAACAUUCUAAAGAACGGAGGAUUCGAAGAAGGUCCUUGGGUUUUACCAAACAUAUCAUCUGGUGUUUUGAUUCCACCAAACUCCAUCGACGAUCACUCUCCGUUACCUGGUUGGAUGGUCGAGUCUCUUAAAGCUGUCAAAUACAUAGAUUCCGAUCAUUUCUCCGUUCCUCAAGGCCGUCGCGCCGUCGAACUCGUCGCCGGGAAAGAAAGCGCCGUCGCACAAGUUGUCCGCACUAUCCCUGGAAAAACCUACGUCCUAUCCUUCUCUGUCGGAGAUGCUAGCAACGCUUGCGCCGGAUCAAUGAUCGUCGAAGCUUUCGCCGGAAAAGACACGAUCAAGGUCCCGUAUGAAUCGAAAGGGAAAGGAGGAUUCAAGCGAUCGUCAUUGAGAUUCGUCGCUGUCUCGAGUCGGACUAGAGUUAUGUUCUACAGUACGUUUUACGCGAUGAGAAACGACGAUUUCUCGAGCUUAUGUGGACCGGUGAUCGACGACGUUAAGCUUCUCAGUGCUCGGAGGCCGUGA